UUGAUGAUUUGAGCUCAAAAAAUAGAUAAAAAAAAACGUUCCUAAAAUCAAAUGGAAAAAAAACUAGAUUCACUCAACACCCAUUUACAUGAAAUCAUCUUCUCCAGAACAAGAAGGAAAAGAAAAAAGAAGAAGAAAGUUUUACUCCCUCUUCAGAUCUAAACGAUAUCAGAUCUUACUUCAUUCCCAAACAUGUCUCAAGGGCCAACACCCUUUUUCCCGUUUUGAUGACUGAUGGUUGUGAUCAAUGAAGAUCUUAUCUGAUUCCAGGUUAUAGCGUUGUGGUUUUUUUUAUUUGAAUCCAGUAGUGAUACACAGAAGUAAAUCAGUUCGAUUUUAGUUACCAUCUUAUUUGUAUCUGGGCAUGAUUUUGUACUCAAAAGUUGUCGCCUUUAUUAUGUACUUAAGUGAUUCGUAACAAGGAUUUAGGGGAUUUUUGAAGGACUUGGUUGCUUCUUCUUUGUUGGGUUGAAGUUUUUUAUUAUCAAAAUUGGAGAGAAAAAAAAUAUGGAGACACUUGUGGUGGGGCACCAUAGGAAUCAGUACUGUAGCAGGGUGAAGCCACACGAUUCUGCCAGAUUUGGGUCAUCACCACCGUCUAGAAAUUUCAGAGGGGUCAAUUGCAGGAGUUUUCAAUCCGGAGCAGGAUUGCUCCCAACCCCAUUUAAGUAUAAUUCUACUCCAACCAAACAGCCAUCUUCCCCUCCCUUUUCACCUUCUUCCCCAAAAACACCAUCUCCUUUUGCUGAUGGAACACACUCCAAACCCACCUGGAAAAGCUCUCCUAUUCCUAUCAACAGCAAUAGGACCCCUAGAAAUGGUAAGCCUUUUACCGAUGAGAUUUCCGUGGAAGGUUUUGUUUACUCUGAGCUUUGGGCUGGACCUGCUUAUUCCAAUUCACCGCCGCCGAGUUCUUUGCCGAUACAUAAAUUCUCACUUCGGGUGAAGAGGACCGUGUCGCUUGAUUUGCCUGCUGCUGACCCUGUUGUUGAUGUUCACCAAACUGCUAAGUCUGCACCUGCAUCUCCUACCAGGGAGCUUAGCCCUUCUUGUGCUGAACUUUUUUGUAGUGCUGACUCUGCAUCUGCCACAAAGGCUUUACGUCGUAUUUUCAACCUUGACAAUACCAAUGACUGAAAAGAGUGGAGUUCUUCAGCUCCUAUAAAUAAAUUCGCUUUGCAAAGUUUGAAGUUUGUUUUUUUGAUUGUAUAUAGAUUGAAUAAGAUGGUUGGUAGCAGGUAGCAUGGGUUAGUAUGUGUUGGUUUAGCUUUCUUUGGGUGGUGAUAUGAGAGAAAGAUUCGGCGAUGGUAGGUUGACAAUCUCUAGGCUUUCCUUUAUGAGAUGGUUUAUGAGAACUUCUGAUUGACUUAAGGCACAAGGUAUGUGAUCUGUGGCUGUUGUAAGCAUGGAUGGAAGAUGACUUGAGCUAAUAGGAAGCGAAGGGGAGGUUUCGUUAGUACCAAACAUUGUCUUCUAUAUUUGGAUUGACAUGAAAUCAAACUGAUGAUUUGGUAGUGGAUGACCUUACAAUAUCAAGUCCUUGGUGAUUAAUGUCUGUUUAGUUGUUGUCCUUAAGCUAAUUUCUGAUACAGUGUAUGUACUCUAGUCUGUAGACCCCCCUACUAAAUUUCUUCCCAAAUUCCUUUGGUUUCUUUUUUUGUUCUUUUUUCUUAGUGUCCUUUGUUUCUCUUUUUCGACCUUAGACUAAAUUAGUGUUCUUUUUCUCUUGCAACUCCUUUCCUUUCUCCAGCAUUCAAUCAAAUAUCCUCAAUAUACUGUUACUUGGGAUUUCUCUCUGUUUUCCCUUCCUCGCCACCUUUUUCUGUUUUUUUGUUAAGAAAAGGCGGCAAGGAAAAGUAAAGUGGUCAUCGGUUUCAUCUGAAACUUGUUAGGUUAAUCAGUUCCAUUCCGAGUUGAAAGUGUCGAUUGUGUCUUGUUCAUCCUGGUGCCUAAUGCUCACUCUGAUAGUUGUUUCUUAGAGCCAUCUCUCAUGGAGAUUGUUGAUUGUUCCAAGCUACUUGCAAGGUAGCGGUCACUGGGGUAAGUCGUUUUCAUGAGGCUUUUGUUGAAGUGGAUGAUGUUAGAUGUCUUUAAUGCAAGCCUUUAGGACCCAUGUCUGUAGUCGGCAACCGUCUUGCAAAUGUUUGUUUUCGGCGUCUGUUGUUUUCGAGUUCUGUAAGUGGGAGUCUUGUGUUGUGCUUAAAGUGUCAUGUUAAUGUUCAAACAUCAAAGUGCAGUAUGUUCUUGUUAGCUGUGUUUUUUUUUUUACUU